CUACGAUCUACGAUAAGCACUCGGACACCAUUCAAGGCUCUUCAGGCUCACUUUGCGUGUUAUUUGCUGAUUUCUUACACAUUUGGGGCCUUCAUUGAUUACCAUGUCGGUUCGAGAAGCCUCUCAUGCAGGCUCUUGGUACUCAGACAACGGUCGGCUGCUUGCAUCGCAAUUAGACCACUGGCUUUCGAGCGUGCCCGAGAAAGACAGUCUGCCAGGAGUUGAGAAAUUACCACUGCCCGGUGCCAGAGCGGUCAUCUCGCCUCAUGCAGGAUAUGCUUAUUCGGGUCCCGCUGCGGCGUGGGCGUACAAGUGUCUUGACCUCUCUAGAGCGAAGCGGAUCUUCAUUCUACAUCCAUCCCAUCAUCACCACCUGAGUACAGCCGCCCUGCCUGUUGUCGAAGCCUACGAAACUCCUCUGUCCGAAACACCCCUCCCGCUCGACCUCGAAACCAUCAAAGAACUGUCCACCCUGUCGGCCACCGCCGGCGGUCGGACCAUCAAAUUCACCACCAUGUCCCAGCCAGUAGACGAAGCAGAGCACAGUGCAGAAAUGCAAUUGCCCUACAUCCACCGGCUGUUGCAGAACCUCUAUCCCGAUCAACCUGAAUCAUCGUACCCUCCUCUCAUUCCGAUCAUGGUUGGCAGCACCAAUCCUGCGACAGAAGCUGCGUUGGGAAAAUUGUUGGCUCCAUACAUCGCGGACGAAAGCAAUGCAUUCGUCAUCUCUUCAGAUUUCUGUCACUGGGGAAGCAGAUUCGGUUAUACGUACUACCUACCAGACGCUCCAAGUCCUGCGUUGUCACCACUUAUGCUGCCGAACGGAGUGCGAGGGGAGUUCACAACCGCAAAGGAGUCGGUCAACGAGGAUGUGCACAAGAUGCCGACUUUAGGUCAGGGUCAACAACUGAAGUCCAGCAGCAAGAUACCAAAGAGUGGGCCCCAGAUAUUCGAGAGUAUUGCGCAUGCGGACAGAGCUUGCAUGUGUGCCAUUGCGACCGGCGAGUAUGCUGAAUUUCUCAGAGUCCUGCGUGAUACUGGAAACACAGUUUGUGGCAGACAUCCCAUUGGCGUUUUCAUGGCUGGCGUGGAGGAACUUGAGCGGUUAGAACAGGAGAAGGGCGUUGACAAUGAGGGCGGCACUCGGAGGCGGUUUCGAUUCAUGAGGUAUGAAAGAAGCAGUGACGCAGAAACUGUUCGCGAUAGCAGUGUUAGCUAUGUCAGUGCUUUCGCUGUGCUCUGAUCGAAGAUGAAGGCUUUUAGACACCUGGGAGGCAUGCCCAGGUCAGCAACAGCAGUCGUGGCUCCAGGCUGCCGAUCGCAAUUCACGUCACAUAACGACAUAGCGUUCACAGCCCACAGACCAAGUUGGCUCAGCAAGGCGGUUCUUUGCCUCAAGACGAGGCCGAGAGUGAGCAGAGAAAUCUGCGGACAUCGUAAGCAAGGGAAAGUUACGCUUCGCCAAUGCUCAAGCCGGUGGAUUUUUGUGGUUAUCAAUGCAGAGCCAGGGCACGCCGGCGCUAGAAAGCUGCAUGCUGUCGAGCUCUGUAGACACGGGAUGGGCGAACAAUUUUCAACGCUCGCUAGGUGCCGUGGGGGGGCCCCAAGAUUGUUCAGCAAGCGAGCUGCCUAUCCGCAUAUGGUAAAUGAUGGGUUGUGCCACGGUGGUGCUUUGGCGUUCCUUGGGGAGUUUUCCGCAAGUCAGAUACCGCGCGAGAUCAUCAGAUGCAAGAGAAGUCGCACUAAAAGUGCACCCAGAAUGAUGC